GUUAUUUGUCAUUGAAAGCCCGUAUUUUGGUUAGUAUGACCUCCAGCGAGUCAGGAUCGGUAGGAAAAGAUAGCAGCCGAGCUGCAUCUACAUCCUUUCUUCCAAAUUCUUCAUCUCAUAUGCAGCCGUUACCGUCACAUGGUGGACGUGAAUUCGCUGUCAGUAGCCGCACCUUGGACAGCGUGAAAAUCGCUAAAGUUACCCUUGAGAACUUUUAUAACAAUCUCGCCACUCAGUUUCAAGACCGUCAGAACAGAUACAAAAUAUUGGAAUGUAUGAUGGAGUCCGAAGGUCUAACUGAGGAUCAAAAACAACAAAAACGAUGUCAGCACGCCCUGAAGGAGAGUGAAUACCUCCGUCUCAAACGCGCUCGUCUCACCGUAGAUGAUUUCACUCCCCUCAAAGUCAUUGGCAAGGGUGCUUUUGGUGAAGUGCGGUUAGUCCAGAAACAGGACAACGGGUAUAUUUACGCCAUGAAAAUCCUCCGCAAGGCUGAUAUGCGCCAAAAGGACCAGAUAGCCCACGUUCGUGCGGAAAGGGACAUUCUCGUCAAGGCCAACAAUCCGUGGGUGGUGAAGAUGUUCUACUCUUUCCAAGACUCCGUAAACCUCUAUCUUGUCAUGGAAUUUCUCCCGGGUGGUGACAUGAUGACCCUGUUAAUCAAAUUGGACACCUUAACCGAGCCCCAGACCCAGUUCUACGUCGCCGAGACGGUGCUGGCCAUUGACUCAAUCCACAAAAUGGGCUUCAUCCACCGUGAUAUCAAACCCGAUAACCUCCUCCUCGACUCUAAGGGUCAUUUGAAGCUAAGUGACUUCGGUCUUUGCACCGGUCUGAAGAAGGCUCAUCGGACAGAAUUCUACAAAGAUCUUUCACAAGCCCUUCCCAGCGAUUUCGCGCUAGCCUACCAUAAUGUGAUUUAUGUGUAUUCGCUUCCUUCGUUCUCUGUUCUCCAGGCCUACUCCACGGUCGGAACGCCAGACUACAUCGCGCCGGAAGUCUUUCAUCAUCAAAAGGGCUACGAGUGUUCCUGUGAUUGGUGGUCUCUUGGUGUGAUUAUGUACGAGAUGCUCAUGGGUGAGUUUGCUGUGCAGUCAAGUCUUGCCAAGUUCCUUUGCCGAACUCUUCCCUUGAAUAUUGAUUAA